AUGGUACCAUCGGUAGUUAUUACUGCCAGUGGUGGUACCACCCCUGUCAGAUUGCAUGACCUCCGAAAUCAAAUUGAAGAGUUGAUCUGGAGAGGUCACCUCAGGCACUACCUCAAGGAACCAAGAGAAGCAUCGCCACACCCCAAGGGUCCCGUCAAGAAGCAAAUCGACGUUAUCACUGGUGGACUAGUUGCUGGCGGCAGCAGCAUGAUGGUGAGAAAGGCCUACGCCCGCAGCACGGUGGAGAAGCCUCCUCGGCCCGAGUUCGAACCCAAAAUCACCUUCGGAACCAAAGAGGCCGAACGCUCCCACCAUGAUGACGCUUUAGUGAUCUCCAUCCAGAUCACCAACGCUCGGGUGAAGAGAGUGAUGGUCGACACCGGGAGCUUUGCCAACGUGCUGUACCUCGACGCCUUCAAGAAGCUCGACUUAACUAAUGAUGACCUCACCCCCAUGGCAUCGGCGCUCACCAGAUUCACGGGGGACUCCAUCUCCCCACUCGGACCCACCAUCCUUCCCGUUACCAUCAGGGAAGAACCGAGAGCUAAGACGACGAUGAUCACCUUCAUGGUAGUCGACCUUGGCCUACAACGUCAUCCUCGACUGCCCGACACUCAAUAA